UUCAAGUAUUGACAUCGGGUUUGUGUCAAUAAACCUGAUUUGAUUGAAGACUGAACUGACUGACUGACUGUCAUCCACAACAAGAAGAAGAAGAAGAAGUGAUUGAAUCGUCUGAAGAUGUGGUCGUUUUGGUCGAGAGAUCCGACAAAAGAUUUCGGUUACGAUAUACAAGAUUUGUUGGCCACGGAUGACAAAUGUAUUUGGGUUUUACAUAAAGCUAAGAAAAAGUCGACCGGUGAGUUGGUCUCUGUGUUUCGCUACGAACAGAAGCCCGGCGGCAGUGGUGACAAUCAUACGGACAGAGCCAAGAAUGCUGUCAAACGUUUGAAGACAUUAAGACAUCCAUCUAUUCUAACUUAUGUCGACUCACUAGAAUCCGAUAAAUAUGUUUAUGUGGUCACCGAAUAUGUUAUACCAUUGGAACAGUAUUUGCAAUCGAUAUCCGAUUAUACACAACAACAGAAACAAUUGGCCAUAUCUUGGGGCUUAUAUCAGGUGGCGAAAGGACUCGGUUUUCUGAUCAAUGAUUGCAAUCUAUCGCAUAAUAACAUAUGUAUGCCAUCGAUAUAUGUGAAUUCGGGUGGCGUCUGGCGGAUAGCCGGUCUCGAGUAUGUCAGCAGCAAUACGACCGCAGCCGACACCGAUACGUAUCCGACAAAAGCCUUAGCAUUUCAAAGCAAAUACACGCCACCGGAACGAGUGGAUCAAACUAAACGAUAUAACGGUUCUAAAUGGGGCGCCGAUAGUUGGGGUCUCGGAUGUCUAAUAUGGGAAUCGUUUAACGGUUUAUUACCCGAAACUAAUAAACUAAGAUCUCUUGGAAGAAUACCGAAGCUAUUGUCGACGCCAUACAUGGAACUGAUUAGCAAUAAUGCCAACAAUAGGUUAAGUCCAUCCGAUUUCAUCACAAAAUGUCGUUCGGCUAAUGGUUUUCUUAAAAAUAAUUUUAUCGAUUCGAUGCUAUUCCUCGAAGAGAUACAGAUCAAAGACGCCAUCGAGAAGAAUAGAUUUUUCACAAAUCUUGAUAACCAUUUGGAUUCGUUUCCGAAGGAUAUUUGCAAGAAUAAGAUUUUACCACAACUGGUAACCGCCUUUGAGUUUAGUGCCGUCGGAUCAGCUAUUUUAGGUCCAUUGUUUAAAAUUGGCAAAUCGCUAGAUGAGGACGAGUUCCAGAAAAAGAUAGUUCCCUGUGUUGUCAAACUGUUUGCCUGUAAGGAUAGGGCUACAAGAGCUAAACUAUUGCAACAGAUGGACACAUUCAUCAAUUAUAUACAACCAAAUGUAGUCAACGAUAGUGUAUUUCCUAAUGUUUGUCAAGGAUUUCUUGAUUCAAAUCCAGUCAUCAGAGAGCAGACCGUUAAAUGUAUGUUACAUAUGGCACCCAAACUAAACUAUCAUAACCUGAAUGAAGAGUUGAUCAAAAAUUUUGUUAGACUACAGACCCGUGACGAAGAGGGAGGUAUUAGGACUAAUACAACCGUUUGUCUCGGAAAGGUUGCCAGUUAUUUGCAUCCGCAGAUACGUCAGACAGUACUGAUACCGGCAUUUUUGAGGUCAAUGCGCGACCCAUUUCCGCCGGCACGUAUAGCCGGUAUACUAGCCCUGUCGGCUACGCAAAACUUUUAUUCGCUAAAAGAGUGUUCCACUCGUGUAAUGUCUGCCUUAUGUCAUCUGAUUAUGGAUCCGGAAAAACAGGUCCGCGAUCAGGCCUUCAAAGCGCUCAAAGGUUUUAUCGGUAAAAUGGAAAAAGUAUCGGAAGAUCCGUCGCUAGCGGAACAAAUGGAGGCUGACUUGAACGCCGCCGGUAGUAAUGUUUCGUCAACACUGGCCGCCAGUUGGGCCGGUUGGGCAGUUUCGUCGCUGGCAUCUAAGUUCUACCGAAGCAAAUCGUUGUCGGCCGACUUGAAGACAACAAACAACAGCACAACUCAGUCAUCAUCAUCGGCGGCGACGACGACGAUGGCCAACAAAGACAGCAAAGACAAGGACGCCGAUAGACCGCAUACGCCACAAACGCCUGGUAUUCAAAAGUCAGAGUCGGGUGAUUCGCAACAGGACUUCGAGGAAGAAGUUUGGGGUUCUAUUGACGCCGAUAACAGCAAUAGUCAGUCGACGAAUGCCGCCAGAAAAUCGUUGGACGGCUGGGAUGAAGACUGGAAUAAUGAAGACCACAAUGAAGAUAAUGACGAAGAAUUCGAUGAUAAAGAGGAGUCGUCGUCGUCGACAACAACAACAAGAAAAUCAGCGAAUCAUUCGGUUAGAAAAGAAGAUGGCGACGACUUCUUCGAUCAGUUUACUACAUCGGGUAAUAGCAAUAAAAGUAAAUCAGCUAAGAAUUGGGAAAAGUCGUCGUCAUCGUCGACAACGACCACAACAACAACCAAAGCUACUGAUGAGUUCAACAGUGGUGACGACGAUAUCAGUAGUUUCGGUGUUGGCGGCGGCGGCAAACAACAUGAUGUCACCAAUAGUAGUACUACUGGUAGUGAUGAACCACAACAACAACAACAACAGAAUAAAGUGGUACAACAAAGACGACUGAACAGAACUAAAGAUUUAGAGGAAAGAAGAGCUAAUCAGAAGAAGUCGACGACCAAAGGUCCGAUGAAAUUAGGCGCUCAACGUAUCACUUGAUCCCCUUUGAAGAGGCGACCACCCGGAAGAAGAUGUUUUAUUACCACUUUUUAUU